AGUCAUAAUUUGACGUAAAGAUAAGUUAAAUUAACACAGCUUAGCCCAUAAAUUUUAACUUGUUCCUUUUUCUUAAAAAAACCUACCAACUUUUUUUUACCUAUCGCAAGGUCCCUUUCUUAGUUAAACUUGGUUCGAGUUACUUAAAUCUCCCGUAUGUUUACGAUUCUUGAACAGGUUCAAAAUGCGAAUCCCGACCUAUCCUUUUUAGAUAUUUCCUUCCUCACAUUUGAGGCUGUGGUUGAAGUUGUGAUUAUUUGCUUUGCUGGUUUCAUUGCAGCUAAGACUGGACUUCUUAAUCUCAAUGGACAAAAGGUCAUAUCUGCACUCAAUGUGGAUCUUUUCACCCCAUGUUUGGUAUUUUCCAAACUUGCACCAUCCUUAUCAAUUCAAAAAAUGGCUGAGAUUGUCAUUAUCCCAUUAUUUUAUGCCUUAUCAACUGGUAUAUCUUACUUAUGUUCCAUUAUAGUUGGUUCCAUGAUGGGAUUGAAUGAACCAGAAACAAAUUUCGUCACUGCCAUGGCUGUAUUUGGUAAUUCAAACUCCUUACCAGUAUCCCUUACAUUGUCUCUUGCUUAUACUUUACCAGAUUUGUUAUGGGAUGAUGUUGAAGAUGAUACUCCAGAUAAAAUUGCUUCAAGAGGAAUCUUGUAUCUUUUAAUUUUCCAACAAUUGGGCCAAAUUCUUCGUUGGUCUUGGGGUUAUAAUAAAUUACUUCGUAAAAGAUCUAUUGAAGAAUUGAAUACUUAUUCAACAAUUGAAGAUGAAGAAUCUAAUCCUAAUGUUAGUAAUACCACCAAUUAUAAUAAUGAUGAUGCCAUUUACAUCACACCAACCAUUUCUCAUCAUCCAUCUAUUGAUCCAAAUAGUGCAUCUUCCCUGAUUGGGGAACCAGAAGAUGAAGAAGGUUCUUCAAAUAGUGGUAAUAGCUCAAGUUCCGACUUAUAUAAGCCUAUCGUUGUCAGAAUAAGAACUGCCUCAUUCAGAAGAUUUCUUCAUAAGGUUAAAACUCAUCCAAUUAUUGUUAAUUUCCUCCAUUUCAUGAAUCCUCCACUUUAUGCAAUGUUCAUAUCUGUUAUUGUUGCUUCUGUGCCGUUUUUACAACGUCAAUUUUUCACUGAUGAAUCUACAUUUAUCCAUAACACUUUAUCCAAUUCAAUUAAACAACUUGGUUCUGUAUCCAUUCCAUUGAUUUUAAUUGUUCUUGGUUCUAAUUUAUAUCCAUCAAAAGAUAUUCCACCAGCAUCGCGCCAUUAUAAAAAGAUUGUUAUUGGAUCUCUUUUAUCUAGAAUGAUUCUUCCAUCUUUAAUUUUGCUUCCAUUCAUUACUUUGUUAGUAAAAUUUGUUAAGAUUUCCAUUCUUGAUGAUCCAAUUUUCCUUAUAGUUGCAUUUAUCUUAACUAUUUCACCACCAGCAAUUCAAUUGUCUCAAAUUGUUCAAUUAAACGGUAUUUAUCAAAAGGAAAUGGCAGGUGUUCUAUUCUGGGGUUAUGUUAUCUUAACAUUACCAACAACAAUAUUUAUUGUGUCAACUAGUUUAGAAGUACUACAAUGGGCAAAAGUUUAGAAAAUGGGAGAUUUCAAUUUUAUAUACAAUU